UUUGGGGUUGGCAAGAGGCUUUGCUCUAGAGGGGUUCCCAGGUGUCCACGGGGAUGUCCCCAGCUAGAACCCAGGGCAGUGGAUGAGAGGGUGCCUGAACUGGCCUUGUCCCAUAGUCACACUGAUGACUAUCUUGAAUAUCACCAUAGAAGCAAUUCCUUAUAUAAAGGAGUUGUAAAAAAUUACAUUGAAACUUGUUUUAUGAGUUUAUCCUUUUUAGAUAAAGUCUGGCAGUAGAUAAACUGUGUCUUUACAGCUGGAGACAUAGUAGCUCUAGAAAAAAGUGAGGCCUGAUUUUACCUAUGGAAUGAACUGCUCUAGCAGCCUUGAGAAGGAGCUGUUUACUUGUUGCUGCCAAACUAACAAAGCUACAGUUAACCUUCAACACCAUCAGAGAACUGAGAAGGAUAAAUUAUAUCAGGAAAUAUAAUUCAAAUUGACUAUGUAUCAAUUGAAACGACAGAAACUUAUCACUACCUGGGUUAUGGGUUACCACAGGUUCCCACUGAAGGGAUCUGUAUGGGCUCAGGACACCUAAGACCAAGUUCUCAGCACAAAAGAGAUUUAUUUGCCCCAGAGGGACAAAUAUCAGGCAAUCAGAGACAAAUGCAGAAGAUAGUGAAGGAAGGAAAGGGGGAAAGGAGCAAGGGAGAAAGUGAAGGGAUAUUUGUUCCAGAGGGACAAGGGACUGACUUAAGAUAGAGAGGAGACAGAUGUGACCCAUAGGCUUAUAAAGGUAAAAUGAGAAACACCUUUAGGAUGAGGUGUUUAAUUUUAAUUGUGCAUGUUAAUUAGUUGAGCCAAAGGGGGCUUUUGGUUGCUUGACUCAAAUACUUUGAUAGCUUUAUCGUGGGAGUCUCAGGAGGAAGAAGUAGCCCAAUAAGAGACUAGCCCUUGACGACUACCUUUCGGAAUAUAAUCUAAUGGAUUUUAUCAAGGCAGAGGAAAUGGGGACGAAGGGCAAGGUCUGCCAGAGCCACAUUUGCUGUGCUCAGGCUGGCUAUACAUCCCCACCUAUCUGCUUUAUUAUUGGGUUGCUGAGUGUUGGGUAAGUGGCCAUCUCUUUCAGUUUUCAAGUCUUGGAUCAUUUCUUUCUCCUGUUUGAGUGCUGUUUCUUGGUUUUGUUUAAGGGAUUUGUUGACUUCCUCAAAUUCUUUAUUUGUCUUUCCCUCCAUCUCUUUGAGAGAAUUUUUCAUUUCUGCUUUAAGGUCCUAAAACGUUCUGCUAAAGUUAUUCUUUAGGUUAUUUUCUUCUACUUCAUCUAUAUUGCUGUUUUAGAGUCACUAAAUUUUGUUGGUGUCGUGUUGCUCUUUGUGGUUUUAAGUGAGUUCUUACCUUGCCUACCCCUCUUUUCCUCUGACUGCUGUAGUAGUGGCCCUGUCUCUGGUGAUCACUCUUCCAGGUGCCACUGGAUUCAAGGCUUAGAUGGUUGCUCCUCAUGGUGGAGUCUGGGACAUGGUUCCUGUUACCCUGGAGGUCAGUCGGCAUCCCCAGAGGUCACUUGGUGUUCCCAGAGUUUGAUCUGCAAUCCGGGAAUUUGCUGAGGCCUGCUCCCAUGGAGAUUGCUUGCUUAGGUCUGCUCCCACGGGGGUCCCUGGCUCGGGCCUGUUCCCAUGGAGGUCGUUGGCUCAGGCCUGCUUCCAUGGAGUUCACUGUCUCAGGCCUGCUCCUGUGGAGGUGGUUGGUUUGCGUCUACUCUCAUGGAGGUCGCUGGCUUGGGUCUGCUCUGGCAGAGGUUUCCAACUUGGGUCUGCUCCAGCGAAGGUGGCUGGCUCAGACCUGUUCCCAUGAGUGUUCCUGCCUCGAACCUGCUCCUACAGAAGUGACUGACCUGGACCAGGUCCUGUGGAGGUCGCUGGCUUGGGUCUGCUCUGGCUGAGGUCACUGGCUUGGGCCUGUUCCCAAGGAGGUUGCUGAUCUGGGCCUGGUUCCACAGACAUUGCUGUCUCAGGUCUCCUACUGCAGAGGUCACUCACUCUGGCCUGCUCCCGCAGACAUCGCUGGCUCAGGGGACUGGACUCAUAGAGAUCACUCAAGCUUGAUUUUUAAUAUGCCCAUAUGCACCUACAGUCUCAACUCAAACCCAUAACCUCAUAGGGUGACUCACUUUUCAUUCCCAGGGAUACAUCAUUUAUCAUUCUGGGCUGAGUGGGUGGUGCUGGGUAGUUGAUGAAGCCUCUUAGGGCAAAGUUUAGGUUAAAAAAAAUAUGAUAUGUAUAAUAUGGGGCCAGUCAUUCCUGGUGAUUCCAACCACCUCAGUGUUGGUGUUUGUUCAGCCAGGCUCUGUUUAGGCUCACUGGUCUCUGAGUGCGUCCUUGGAAUGGGAAGGGGUAAAUUUCUCUCUUUUUUGCUGUGGAAAGAUAAGUUUGGAGAGACACAGAGGGAAUGGAGUUGAGUUGCUGUACUGCAAUCUCUGCUUCUGUCUUUGGGAAUGCAUUCCUGGGCUGUUCUCUGUGCUUUAUCUGUUUACCUCCACUGUCCUUCUUUUGUAAUCUAUAUCUUCCCAAUAAACAUUAACAGCUCUUAUAUAGUAAAACAUACACUGUAUACAAUAUGAUAACUUUUGACACCUGUGACGCAGUCUUAAGCCAAGAUAAGAAAACCGGUUCCUCAUUUCCUUCUGCCCGUGAGCUGCACUGUUUCCUCAGGUCAGAGACUACUCAUUUUACUUGUUCUGGGACCCUCAGAGGACCACUCUUAAGUGGGUGUCCAUAAACUUGAGGCCCCAGUUCAGGAUCUCGUCCAUGCCUGGACCUGAGACAGAUGUCUUGAAGAUUAAAAACGUUCAGGGUUUUUGAGGAACUUGGCAAAUUAGUGCCUGUUCUUGGGCUACCCGUCUUGUUUAAUCUCUAUUCAUCUACUUAGUGAAAUUUGUUGAACACUGGUAGUUAUCAUCCUCCAAGAUACCAGAAGAAUGCCUGCCACAGUGAGCAGGAAAAGGGAGGUAAGCUUGGAAGUAUGAUCUCCAUAUAAUAAAUGAGAGGCCUGAUAUGUGCAAGUUUGAGAACCAGUGUGUCAGGAGAAGAGCCAGUGCAGGGGAGGCACAGCCCCAGAAUUUGGUGAAGAGUGCUGGGAGGUAGAGAGGGCCCCCACCAGAUGAAGAAAGCCUGGAGUUUAGACACAAUGGUGGUUGGUGAGUUGGUUGAGCAUGGUUGAUGGGUGGGUUUUUAGAAAGUACUAGCUCUUGGAGGACUGAUCAACCAGGAAUUCUGGAAAGUACCUGCAUGCUGGAUCUUCCUCUUUUCUGUGGGUCUCCCCAGUGCUUGACAAGACCUAAUGAACAUCACAGAAGCGAUCAUGCCUUAGGGUGACCUGCUUGUCAGAACCCGGCAGGUCAUACUUAGCAUCUCUUCAUUCCAUGUAGAAGUAGAGAUUGAUGGUUGGUGAUACCGAAGCAGAACAAACAGCAGCAAGUCCUGGCUAGUCUGUGACUCACAAAAACCCAGCGGUUACUGUGGUUUUAACUUGUGCUCUUCUCAGAACAAGAAAUUUUGAGCAGCUUGUAUUUCUUUGGUAAAAUGCCUGGUGAACUAUUUCUUUUUAUCUUUUAAAGAUGUUACUAUCUCGUGUCUUAGGGUUUCUAUUGCUGUGAAGAGAUACCAUGACCACAGCAGCACUUAUAAUAGAAAUAUAUUAAAUUGGGGAGAAUUAAUUCUAAGAGGUUGAGUUAUUAUAAGGGCUGCGUGGUCAUGGGAUCUCUUCACAGCAUCAUGGAGUGACAUGGUGACUUGCAGGCAGACAUGGUGCUGGAAAGGCAGCUGAGUGUUGUACAUCUUGACCCACAGGCAACAGGAAGUGGUCUGAGACACUGGGUGUGGCAGAAGCAUAUGUGAGACCUCAAAGCCCACCUCCAUAGUGACGCACUUCCUCCAACAAAGCCAGACCUUCUAAUAGUGCCUCUCCCUAUGAGAGUAUGGGGCCAAUUACAUUCAAAUUACCACAUAUCCCUUUUUUUAUUUCUUCAAUUUACACACACACAUACACACACACACACACACACACACACACACACACACACACAUACCUAAAGUGUGUAUUACCUGGUUACAGGUCUUCUUCCAGGAAUUCUUGUUUUACAUGCUUACCGGGAUCCCAGCUCAGGCCCCCAUGAUAGUGCAGCAAGUGUGCUUAAUCCCUGAGCAACCUCUCCAGCUCCCACCAUGUAGUGUUUGAUGACUGCUAGAAUGAUGUGAAAGGAAUAAUGUAAUUCCUUAAAAGGUUGGAACUGUUGGGGAUAUUUUUUAAAAAGCAAUAAAAACAAUGACAAGAUCUCACACGAUCCUGUGGUGAGUAGUGACAGCAUUGUGUUCUGUAAACAUCCAGCCAAGAGGGCAGAUGGGUCUCUAGAUUCAUAUAUAGAUGAGGAGGGGAGUGUGGGGGGCAUACACAGCAAGGGAGUUCCUUGUUCAAAGAGCAUCAAAUAAUAUCUUAAAUAUAAAAUUGUUUAUAUUUAUGUACAUGAGCAUUCUGUCUGCAUGUAUUUCUGUGCACCAAUUGUAUCCUUGGUGCCUUAAAAGAUCAGAGACCAUAUUGGAUUAAAUGGGCAUAUUUUGUUAGACUUAAAUUAGAUUAUUUAGUUAGAUUGGUGGCAUUGGUGGCACAUGCCUUUAAUUCCAGCACUCAGAGCAGGAGGCAAGUGGAUCUCUGAGUUCAAGCCCAGUCUGGUUUACAGACUGAGUUCUAGGACAGCUAGAGCUACAUGGAAAAAAAAAACCCUGUCUCAAAACAAACGAACAGACACCCCCAAAACAACAGCAAGAUCAACAAAAAAAAUACUCAACCAGACAAGAAAGGAACAAAAAAGUAUACACACUAUUUCUUGCUUUUGCCUUUAAAAACCUUGUUCUUUCCUUUUUAAUACACCAGGCAUUUGCUUUUUUUUAAAAAAAAAAAAGUUUAUAUUUGUAUACAUGAACAUUCUUCUGCAUGUAUUUCUGUGCACCAAUGGUAUGCUUCGGUGCCUUAAAAGGCCAGACACCUUAUUGGGUUCCCUGAAACUGGAGUUAAUAAUGGUUGUGAGAUGCCAAGUGCUCUUAAUGUGGUGAGUCAUCUCUUCAUCCCCAAAGGAGUUAUUUUUAAAAGUUAAAAAGUAGCAACUAUUUAAAGAUUGGGGAAAUGUUACCUUCAGUUAGAUUCCUCUAUAACCUGUGACCACCAAAACAUGGAGGGGAAUAUAAUGAGGACAAAGAAAGUUCGCAUGUCCAUUUUUCUUUGUUUGUUUCUAGAAGCUUUUGGAUCUUAGCUGUUCCAUUGUGGGAGGAUGUGGAGAUGUGGAGAGGAAGCAUAAGAAGUGACAAAUGGGAUGGCUCAGUGGGUAAAGUUGUGAGCCUGCCACAGAAGAAGAAAGAUGUGACCUAUCCUGCCAGAAAAGGAAGACAAAAAUGCUACUCGCCUCACCUUGGAAUCCUUCCCCUCACAAUGUUCAUCUUGGUCUUCUUUGGCUAUGGGUUCCUGAGCCAAAGAAGUCAGGAAUUGGGACACCAAGGAACUGUGCCUAGUGUGCCUGUCAGGGAGCUGGAUGUCCGGGAAGUUGUAGCCCUGUCAAGGAUGGUCUAUGCUCAGCCAAAGGUGCUAACACCCAGUAGGACAGAUGUACUUGUCUUGACUCCGUGGCUGGCUCCCAUCAUCUGGGAGGGGACCUUCAACAUCGACAUCCUGAAUGAGCAGUUCAGGCUUCAGAACACCACCAUUGGACUGACAGUGUUUGCCAUCAAAAAGUAUGUGGUGUUCCUGAAACUGUUCCUGGAGACGGCAGAGCAGCACUUCAUGGUGGGACACAAGGUCAUCUACUAUGUCUUCACUGACCGUCCUGCCGAGGUGCCGCAGGUGCCCCUGGGGGCAGGACGGAAGCUGGUGGUGCUGACCGUGCGCAACUACUCCCGCUGGCAGGAUGUGUCCAUGCACAGGAUGGAGAUGAUCAGCGACUUCUCCGAGCGGCGCUUUCUGCAGGAGGUGGACUACCUGGUGUGUGCAGAUGUGGACAUGAAGUUCCAAGACCACGUGGGUGUGGAGAUUCUCUCAGCACUCUUCGGUACCCUGCAUCCUGGCUUCUACAGAAGCAGCCGAGAGGCCUUUACCUAUGAGCGCCGGCCAAAGUCACAGGCCUACAUCCCCCACAAUGAGGGCGACUUUUAUUACAUGGGGGCCUUCUUUGGGGGGUCAGUGUUGGAGGUGCACCGUCUCACCAAGGCCUGCCAUCAGGCUAUGGUGGAGGACAAGGCCAAUGGCAUCGAGGCCAUCUGGCAUGAUGAGAGACAUCUGAACAAGUACCUGCUGUACCACAAGCCUACAAAGGUGCUGUCCCCAGAGUACAUGUGGGACCAGAAGCUGCUGGGCUGGCCCUCUGUCAUGAAGAAGCUGAGAUAUGUGGCUGUGCCCAAGAACCAUCAGGCAAUCAGGAACAGAUAGCUGAAUUCCUGUUGGAGAGGCCAGCCUUAUAUCCAGGGUCACUCCAGGCUGUGUGGAACUGGGAAGAUUUGAGAGACAUAAUGAAGUGUCCCCAUCUACCCCCACCUCAGAGUCUGGCAGGCCCAGUGCCACUUGGAUUACCACAUUCUGAGGCCCUAGAGUGGCAGCCACUUUCAGUUCCCACUGUGUCCCUAAGCUCCUUCUCCUCAGGGGAUAGGUUCUGGAGCCUCCAGAAACAGGAGAAACUCUGUCAUGCAGUUACCUGAGGGCUUGGGCAUCCUCACUCAGCUAGUUUCUUCCUCUUCUGGAGGCUUGACAGGUGGUCAGUGUGCACGGAGGAGGCAGGAGGGCAGGGAGACUCACAGCCUGCAGGCCUCUGAGGUGCUUAGCUCCUGCUCAGCCCAGAUGGCAGAUCAACAACCAGGACCCUCACCUCUACUCAGUUUUGGUACAUGAGGCAAUAGUUAGUUAUCCAUCCUGGGAAUAAAUGUAUUUGUUGAUGAUAUAGGAAGUUUUUAAUUUUCUUUCUCUUUAUCUGAGGUACUUGGGGUCGAAACCAGGACCUCAUGGAUGCUAUUUGAGCAUGUUCCCACUGAAGCUCGAUCCCAAUCCAGGUUCUCCUAGGGCACACAUGACUGGACUUGCUGAGUCUUAGGUCCACUGCAUUAUUUUUAUACUCUGGGUUUCACUUGAAGUUUCCAAAUAAAGAGAUUGUUACUUUUC